ACGCAUACCCAUAACCCAUGAAAACCCCACCCAACAUCCAAGCCAUGACAACUCCAACUCUCCCUUCUCUACUCCUCCCACUACUAACCCUGCUUAGCCUCUCUCAACACAAACCGGCUCAAGCCACCGAGCUAGCCAGGUGCACCCCUUCAGAGCAUCAUGGUUCGACCCUCACUAUCAUGCACCUGUAUGGACCAUGCUCCCCAUUUCGAACCUCAAAAUCACCACCCACGUGGGAAUCCAACCUGUUGGAAAUGGCCUCUAGGGAUGAGGCUCGCCUGCUCUAUCUGACGAGAAUGGCCACAACAGUGACAACGAGUAAAAAGACGAUCGUGCCCAUUGCUUCGGGUAGGCAGAUCAUCCAGAGCACCAACUACAUUGUUAGAGUCAGCGUGGGGACCCCACCUCAACCCUUGCUCAUGGCCAUGGACACCAGCAAUGACGCUGCGUGGAUACCGUGCGCCGGGUGCGUUGGAUGCUCACCUAGCGUUUUCGACUCCACCAAGUCUUCCACCUACAAGACGCUUGGCUGCCAGGCUGUCCAGUGCAAGCAGGUACCCAAUCCAUCGUGCACCGGUUCGGCCUGCACUUUCAACCUCACCUACGGCUCGUCCACCAUCCAAGCCAACCUCUCCCAAGACACUUUCACCCUCACUGCCACUGAUACAGUCCCGGACUACACCUUCGGCUGCCUGCAACAAGUGACCGGCACUUCCAUCCCACCACAGGGACUCCUGGGCUUGGGCCGUGGCUCCUUCUCCCUCCCCUCACAGACCCAAUCUCUCUACCAAUCCACCUUCUCCUACUGCCUCCCCAGCUUCAAGUCCCUAAACUUCUCUGGCUCUCUCCGCCUCGGCACAGUGGGCCAGCCCAUCAGGAUCAAAUCCACGCCGCUCCUCAAGAAUCCCAGGAGACCUUCUCUCUACUAUGUCAACAUGAUUGGCAUCAGUGUCGGACGAAGGCUUGUAGACAUCCCUACUGCCACUCUAGAGUUCAACGCAAGCACCGGUGCGGGCACCAUCUUCGACUCAGGCACUGCAGUGACUAGGCUGGUGGAGCCCGCCUACAACGCGGUGCGGGAUGAAUUCCGGAGACGAAUCAACGGGACCGUGUCAACGCUAGGAGGUUUUGACACAUGCUAUAUGGGGCCAAUCAUAGCUCCAACAAUCACGCUGCAUUUCACGGGGAUGAACGUCACACUACCAUUGGAUAAUAUAUUGAUAAGGAGUACGUCGGGGAGUCUAACGUGCUUGGCUAUGGCUGCAGCGCCUGCUAAUGUGAACUCGGUGUUGAAUGUGAUAGCUAACAUGCAGCAGCAGAAUCAUAGGGUGCUGAUCGACGUGCCCAAUUCCAGGCUUGGAGUCGCACGUGAGAUGUGUAGCAGCUGAUCGAUGAAUGUCUGAUGUAGUGUUGUUGGUUUCUCUUCGGAUUUCGACUCUAGUCCUAGGUUUUUUUCUUUUUUUCCUUCUUCUUUCCUUUUAAUGUACUGCCAUUUGAUAACUGCUUGGAAUUGGAACAUGCUUCUCAAAAUGAGAUUUCUAAAAUUUCCAUUUCGAAAUACUGGCUGAA